CUAGGGAUGCACCGAAUAUUCGGCCACCGAAAAUUUUCGGCCGAAAAUGGCUCAAAAGUGCAUUUUCGGUUUUCGGCCGAAAGACUUUAAUGACCGAAACAAUACGGCCGAAAUGUUGUGAUGACGCAAACAGAACCGCGACCUGCACGUGCUUGUUUGAAGCAACAUGUCUGCGGUGUGGACUUAUUUCAGUGUAUCUGAGAAAGACCCACGGACAGCGAUUUGCAAAACCUGUAAUGCUGAGAUUUCAAGAGGGGGUGCAUCUGCAAAGACCUUCUCCACGUCGGGUUUAAUUUAUCACCUUAAAUCCAAACAUUACGAUCGCUACGCUGAAUAUGAGAGGAACGCGGCACAGAAGAGGAAAGCGCCUCCGAGCACACCCACUACGUCUGUGGCGGACGUUUUUGAAAAGGCAAGGAAGUUUCCCAGUGAUGGUGUCAAGGCAAAAGGCAUUACACAAAAGAUCAUGGAAUUUAUUGCCUUAGAUGAUCAGCCAUUCUCUGUCGUAGAAGAUGUGGGAUUUCGUAGGCUGAUCGAGCACAUUGAGCCCCGUUAUGUCAUGCCAAGCAGACGACAUUUAUCAGAGGUGUGUUUACCGGAGCUGUUUAAUGUUGUUGCAACUCACGUCCAUGAGCAUAUAGCUGCAGGUAUGUCAGCAAUCAGUUUCACUACAGAUAUAUGGAGCUCAGACGUCAGCAUUACCAGUAUGCUCAGUCUAACCGCACAAUGGAUCGACGCGGAUUUCCAGCUGCAAAAGAUUCUGCUCCAUUCACAAGAGUUUCGAGGGUCACAUACAGCAGCAGCCAUUUCUGAUGCAUUCGCCAAUAUGUUCGACACAUGGCAUAUCGACAAAUCUAAAGUGCAUGUCAUUGUCAGUGACAAUGCAAGAAACAUGACAAAAGCGAUAGAAGACAGCCAGCUGAAGGGAAUACGGUGCAUGGCCCACACACUACAUUUAGCUGUGAAUGAAGGAGUGUUGUCUCAACGCAGCGUAAAAGACGUACUGGGUAUAGGCAGAAGAAUUGUUGGCCACUUCAAACAUUCUCAGCUGGCCUAUUCCCGCUUGCAGUCUAUGCAAGAUCAGCUUGGAACACCAUUAAAACGGUUCCAGCAAGACGUGAGUACACGAUGGAACAGCACUUUUUACAUGUUGCAAAGCCUCUUUGCGCAAAAGCGAGUCUUGGCUGCAUAUAGCGCAGACCACGAGCUCCCCGCGACAUUCACUUCACACCAGUGGGUCUUAAUAGAGAACAUUCUCUCUCUUCUUGCACCAUUUGAACAGCUAACUAAAGAGAUAAGCUCCUCUGAUGCAUCUGUAGCGGAUGUUAUUCCUUUAAUCGCAGCACUAAAGCGUCUCCUAAGCAAAGAGGUUGUGACGGACCACGGAGUGAAAACAAUGAAAAGUACACUCUUAGAGUCUGUCACCACACGUUUCACGGAGAUCUAUUCGGAUCCUCUGCACUUCAUCGCGACUGUACUUGAUCCGCGUUAUAAAGACCAUUACUUGGAUGCGGAAAUAAAGCAACGCGCACGAGAAAUGAUCCAGGACGCGAUGGAUGCGGAAUACCCGCGUGAAGACGGAGCAGCGCCCAGCGCAGGAGAAGGAGAUCAGAGCGCAGAAAAAAAGACGCGUCUCUCUGCACCAGAUGAGGGGCAUGCACCCUCAUUGUCUGAUAUGUUCAGUGAAAUCCUGCAAGAAAGUGCCUCACAUAAUAGUAAUAGGCAGAUGACAAGUUCAACCGCUCAACAGCUAGAUGGUUAUCUGUCUGAAGUCCCCAUCCCCAGAAGUGAUAACCCUCUUGCCUACUGGAGAAGUAAUCACAGCCGCUUUCCUGACCUGGCAAAGAUGGCACGCAAGUACUUGUCUGCUCCAUGCACAAGCACUGACAGUGAGAGACUGUUCAGUGCAGCAGCUCAUGUUCUCGAUGAGAAGAGGAACAGACUUCACUGUGAUAAAGCAGAGAAGCUACUUUUCAUCAAGAAAAACCUGCCACUUUACCUCAAGAAGUAGAAUCGGCUUGUUUGUCUAUGUUCAAAUAUUUAUUAUCCGCUUUGCACAUCUGCAAUUCUUGGUGCAGUUGUUGUUGUUAAAGUUCUACAGUUUUGAUACACUGUUAUGUUGAAGGCCUACAGAGAAAAAAUAUUGUUGUUUCUUUAAGCAGUUGCACUUGUUCUGAAUGCACUUUCUUGUAGCAGUCCUACAGAGAAAAAUUUAAAAUGCACUUGACCUAAAUGCACUAUGUUUUUAUAAGAGAACGUUUAAUUUUAAAACCUACUGGCCUGUACAUUAUUAUUUAUAUUAUUUUCAUUAUGAGUGGGGUCAAGUUAAACAUUUUAGUUUGAAAUUUUCUAUUUUUUUGUACUGUGCAUUGUUGUGCUAAAUAAAUAUUUGCAUAAUUUGUAAUUGAUUUAUUCUUUGAAACUUUAAUAUAAUUUUAUGCAAUUGCAAUGCCUUGAUUUGAGUAAAGUUAGUACACAGCCAUAGCCAUAAAUGCAAUGGUACUAAUAAUUAGCAUAAUUUCUUUCGGUGUUUCGGUUUUCGGUUUUCGGCCUUGGUUUCCUCUUUUUCGGUUUUCGGUUUCGGCCAAGAUUUUUC